CGAGACCAUCAGUGCAUGCAUGGAACAAAAGUAACCCCAGAGUCACCAUGACGCACUUCUAGGAUAACUUGUUCUACGCGACACCGAAAGCUUCCCGUCCAGGACUUUCUCUUUACCGAGCAGUUUUCACUUCUACCACUUUCCCGCCGCCCUCCGGUGUGAUGCCCGCCGGGAUGUUCAGCAUCGACAGCAUCCUGUCCGGCCGGCCGAGCUGCAAGGAGCCGCUUCUGCUGCACCGGAGCGGCCCGGUGGUGCUGUCCGGCCUCACGGACUCCAUCUACACCGACUACAACGGACUGUACUCGGCCACAUGCGGGCCGUCUCCCCCCGGAGUUCAGACUAUGAACGGGGCCAGGAUAGGAUAUAACGGCUACUACUACGGACAGCUCCACGUGCAGGGGGCCGGGGGGGGGCCGCCGUGCUGCGGCUCUGUGCCCGGCCUCGGCCCGCAGCAGUGUCCCUGCAUCCCGCCAGGCUACGACAGCCCGGGCUCGGUGCUGAUCUCUCCGGUGCCGCACCAGAUGAUGUCCUACAUGAACAUGGGCAGCCUCUCGCGCACCGAGCUGCAGCUCCUCAACCAGCUGCACUGCCGCCGGAAGCGGAGGCACCGCACCAUAUUCACGGACGAGCAGCUGGAGGCUCUGGAGGGCCUCUUCCAGGAGACCAAGUACCCGGACGUGGGCACCCGCGAGCAGCUGGCCCGCAAGGUCCACCUCCGGGAGGAGAAGGUGGAGGUUUGGUUCAAAAACCGGCGCGCGAAGUGGAGGAGGCAGAAACGGUCUUCAUCAGAGGAGUCAGAGAGCUCUCAGAAAUGGAACAAAUCCUCCAAAACCUCCACGGAGAAGCCGGAGGAGAAAAGCGAGGGGGACUCUGACAGCUGA